CCUGGAGCCUGACUCCUGUAGACUCUGGAAGAAGUGCAGUCACAGAACGCUCCAUGGUGAAGGAUUGUCAGAGGAGGAGGACACGUCCGACCCCAGUUUCCUACAUUAUAGGAUCUGCUCAGUGGAUAUCUUCUAUAUAAGAUCCGUCUACUGAUUGACCCUUCAAGGAUGGAUAGGGACAGGGACAAGAUGGCGGAGAGUAUAAUAAAUCUCACCCUAGAGAUCCUCUUCCGGCUUACUGGAGAGGACUACACAGUAGUGAAGAAGACCUCUAGUAAGCGCUGUCAGGCCCUUGUGUCUGAAGGAUGGGAAAGAACCCUGAGCCCAAUCACAGGGCCUCCACCUCACCCCCUGAUACAUGAGGAAAUCAAUAGAGAGAAGAUCCUAGAACUCACCAACAAGAUGAUUGAGCUGCUGACUGGAGAGGUUCCUAUAAGGUGUCAGGAUGUCACCGUCUAUUUCUCCAUGGAGGAGUGGGAGUAUUUAGUAGGACACAAAGAUCUGUACAAGGACGUCAUGAUGGAGGAUCACCGGCCCCUCACACCACCAGUUAAGGAAGAGACAAGAACACCAGAGAGAUGUCCCAGUCCUCUUAUUCCACAGGAUGGUUCAGAAGAACAUCACAAUGUCCCACGGGAUGAUCAGGUUCUGAAUCCAGUUGAAGAUCUGAACAUCAUAUAUGUUACAGAGACAUAUGUGAGGGGCGAUGAGCAGAGUAUAGAGGACCUUCCUACAGGUAACCGCCCAGAUAACUGUACCAAGAGCUCCGAGGGACAUCUGAUGACUUCAGAUUUUAAAUUAGAAGAUCAGAGUAUCACACAAGAUACAUAUGAAGAACAUGCUAUUGCCACAGAUAUACCUUCAGACAUUCGAAGCAAAGAUCUGUUAUCUGAUCCUUUCAAACAGGUCCUAUCAACUGAUUCAUCACAGACUGUUAAGCAAAAUAAAAGUCUCAGAAGGGGUGAACAUCAAGGAACUCACACAGGAGAGAAAGCAUUUUCAUGUUUAGAAUGUGGAAAAUGUUUUUACCAAAAAUCCGCUUUUGUUAUACAUCAGAGAAUUCACACAGGGGAGAACCCAUUUUCAUGUUUACAAUGUGGGAAACAAUACAGCAUUAAAUCAGAUCUUGUUAGACAUGAGACAACUCACACAGGGGAGAAACCGUUUUCAUGUUCAGAAUGUGGGAAAUGUUUUAACAGGAAAUUACAUCUUGUUACACAUCAGAUAAUUCACACAGGAGAGAAGCCAUAUUCAUGUUCAGAAUGUGAGAAAUGUUUUACAAACAGAUCAAAUCUUUUGAAACAUAGGCAUAUUCACACAGGGAUGAAACCACAUUCAUGUUCUGAAUGUAGGAAAUGUUUUACCCAGAAAUCAGCGCUUGUUACGCAUCAGAGAAUUCACACUGGGGAGAAGCCAUUUUCAUGUUCAGAAUGUGGGAAAUGUUUUACUCUAAAAUCAACUCUUGUCAACCAUCAAAGAGCUCAUACGGGGGAGAAGCCAUUUUCAUGUUCAGAAUGUGAGAAAUGUUUUCACCAGAAAUGUGAUCUUGUUAAACAUCAGAGAAUUCACACAGGAGAGAAGCCAUAUUCAUGUUCAGAAUGUGGGAAAUGUUUUACAAACAGAUCAAUUCUUUUGAAACAUAGGCAUAUUCACACAGGGAUGAAACCACAUUCAUGUUCUGAAUGCAGGAAAUGUUUUACCCAGAAAUCAGCGCUUGUUACGCAUCAGAGAACUCACACUGGGGAGAAGCCAUUUUCAUGUUCAGAAUGUGGAAAAUGUUUUACUCUGAAAUCAACUCUUGUCCACCAUCAAAGAGCUCAUACGGGGGAAAAGCCAUUUUCAUGUUCAGAAUGUGAGAAAUGUUUUACAAACAGAUCAAAUCUUUUGAAACAUAGGCAUAUUCACACAGGGAUGAAACCACAUUCAUGUUCUGAAUGUAGGAAAUGUUUUACCCAGAAAUCAGCGCUUGUUACGCAUCAGAGAAUUCACACUGGGGAGAAGCUAUUUUCAUGUUCAGAAUGUGGGAAAUGUUUUACUCUAAAAUCAACUCUUGUCAACCAUCAAAGAGCUCAUACGGGGGAGAAGCCAUUUUCAUGUUCAGAAUGUGAGAAAUGUUUUCACCAGAAAUGUGAUCUUGUUAAACAUCAGAGAAUUCACACAGGAGAGAAGCCAUAUUCAUGUUCAGAAUGUGGGAAAUGUUUUACAAACAGAUCAAUUCUUUUGAAACAUAGGCAUAUUCACACAGGGAUGAAACCACAUUCAUGUUCUGAAUGCAGGAAAUGUUUUACCCAGAAAUCAGCGCUUGUUACGCAUCAGAGAACUCACACUGGGGAGAAGCCAUUUUCAUGUUCAGAAUGUGGAAAAUGUUUUACUCUGAAAUCAACUCUUGUCCACCAUCAAAGAGCUCAUACGGGGAAAAAGCCAUUUUCAUGUUCAGAAUGUGAGAAAUGUUUUCACCAGAAAUCUUAUCUUGUUAAACAUCAGAGAAUUCACACAGGGGAGAAGCCAUAAUCAUGUUCUGGAUGUUGCAAUUGUUUUAAUCAAAAAUCAAUUCUUCUUUGCCACCAUCAAACUCAUACAGGGAAGUUACAAUACAAGAACAAAUAUAUUGGUUACAGUUAUAUAAAGGUCAAGCGACAUACUAAAGAAAGGUAAUGCAAUUAACAGCACUAAAUGAUGAUUAAGAAAUGUAUGCAGUUACCAAUAAAUAUCUGUUAUAACAAGCAAAUAGAAUUCAGAUAAAGCACCUAUAUACCGCACCUAUAUAUCCACUGAAAGUUUGACAUGAAAGGACCACUAAACCUUUUAAAAACAAGAAAAAAAAAGGAAUAAUUUGUCUCAAGUUCUGCCUGAAUGGCUCUCUGCAAGGUGUUACAGAAAGCAGCAUUAGAAGAGAUUAUGUAGUCAUAUUACGUCCCCCUAGCCCCUCUACCAGAGCUUUUUUUUUUAAGCUGGUGCAGUUGAAGAUAAAGGGGAGGGGGGUCAAUAGACACCCAGAACACUGUCAAGAAAGUGGAAACUGCACAACUUCAUCAGCUUCUUAGAAACCCUCCACUUCUGGGGUCCUGAUCUGCACACUAGUGGCAUUGAUCACUCCAGAGUGCUUCUAA